GGGAAACCCAAGCCUUCCCAAAGGUGCCUCGGCUCCAGCCAGCCGCCCGCCCAGCGCCUUUGCAAGCCAGCCAGCCGCAGGGCGCGAGAGUCGGCGCUGCAGCCGACUCAACCGGGAGCUCCCCGUGAGAAGCCGGAUUUCUCCAGCCUCCCGUCUUCUCGUCUUCCCCGCGGCUCUUUCGCCGGCCGCACCAGGGGAGAAAGUGCCUCCGCAGCCGCCCCUUGCUCCCCGGAGCGAUUGCAGAAGCCGCCGCCUCCUUCUGGAGAGGGCGCCCGCGAAGGAAGGACGGCCGUGGGGGAGCCCGGCGCCGGCGAGGUUGCUAAGCGGGGGAGCCCCGUGGGUCUCGCUCGGAGACGCGAAGGCGCAGACAGGCGGAGGCGGCCGGAGGACCCGGGCGACGCGCGCCUUCCCCUGCCCUCCGCGGCUUCGUCGGGUGCCUGGCAGGCGGAGGGAGGCGGGCGGGCCGGCGGGCGUCGUGGCUCCGCCGCCGCCGCUGCUUGGCCGCCGCGAUGUUUCACUGCAUCCCGCUGUGGCGGUGCAACCGGCAUGUGGAGCUGGUCGAUAAGCGGCACUGCUCGCUGGCCGCCGUGCCCGAGGAGAUCUACCGCUACAGCCGCAGCUUAGAGGAGCUCCUGCUGGAUGCCAACCAGCUGCGGGAGCUGCCCAAGGCUUUUUUCCAACUUAUAAAAUUACGAAAACUUGGGCUUAGCGAUAAUGAAAUCCAGCGACUUCCGCCAGAGAUAGCAAACUUCAUGCAGCUGGUAGAACUCGAUUUGUCUCGAAAUGAUAUUCCGGAAAUCCCUGAAAGCAUCUCAUUUUGCAAAUCAUUACAGAUAGCAGACUUCAGUGGAAACCCUCUUACAAGGUUGCCGGAAAGCUUUCCUGAAUUACAGAAUUUAACAUGUCUCUCUGCGAAUGACAUCUCUCUUCAAGCACUACCUGAAAAUAUUGGAAACCUCUAUAACCUGGCGUCACUGGAAUUAAGGGAGAAUCUAUUAACGUAUUUACCCGAGUCAGUUGCCCAGCUGCAGAGACUAGAAGAACUAGAUUUAGGAAAUAAUGAACUUUAUAAUUUGCCAGGAACUAUAGGUGCACUUUAUAACCUUAAAGACCUCUGGUUAGAUGGAAACCAGUUGGCGGAAAUACCUCAGGAAAUAGGAAACCUGAAAAACCUGCUGUGUCUGGAUAUCUCUGAAAACAAACUGGAAAAGCUACCCGAAGAGAUAAAUGGCCUGACCUCUUUAACUGACCUCCUCAUCUCUCAGAAUCUCCUUGAAACCUUACCAGAUGGUGUAGGAAAGUUAAAAAAGCUAUCCAUCUUGAAGGUUGACCAGAACAGGCUGACUCAAUUAACAGAAGCUGUAGGAAACUGUGAAUGUCUUACAGAAUUAGUUCUUACAGAAAAUCAGCUGUUGACCUUGCCAAAGAGCAUUGGAAAACUAAAGAAGCUGAAUGUACUGAAUGCUGACCGAAACAAACUUGCAUCUUUACCUAAAGAGAUCGGUGGGUGUUGCAGUUUAAAUGUAUUUUCACUACGGGACAAUCAAUUGUCUAGGAUUCCACCAGAGAUCUCGCAUGCCACCGAGCUUCAUGUCCUUGAUGUAGCUGGAAACAGGUUGAUAUAUCUUCCCAUGUCGCUGACUAGCUUGAAAUUGAAAGCUCUGUGGUUGUCUGAUAACCAGUCCCAGCCUUUGCUGACCUUCCAAACAGAUACAGACCCUGAAAUGGGAGAAAAAAUCUUAACGUGUGUUUUGCUUCCUCAAAUGCCUUCUGAGCCUAGUUGCCAAGAUAACCUUCCCCGGUGUGGCGCUUUGGAGAACUUGGUGAAUGAAAUGUCAGAUGAAACGUGGAAUGAAAAGGCGGUAAACAGAGUCAGUGCAAUUCGCUUUUUAGAUGAUGAAAAAGAUGAAGAAGACAACGAGAUGCGGACACUCCUAAGGCGAGCCACGCCACACCCUGGGGAAUUAAAGAACAUGAAAAAGACAGUGGAGAAUUUACGGAAUGAUCUGAAUGCUGCUAAAGGAUUGGAUUCAAACAAAAAUGAGGUCAAUAACGCCAAUGACAGGGUGACCACUUCUGUGUAGAGCCUCACAUCCUCCAGAUUGCUGCUCCCGUGUCUUCUCUCCACAUUUACUGUUGCAUCCUGGAAAUGCCAUCCAUUCAACUCGCCUCAUAUGUCUUUGAACGGAGAUCCAACUCAUCUUGUCCAUUUCUUGGGAAGGUGCUUCUCGGCGGAAGAAAAGUGCCUGACUUCAUUCCAAGCAUUUGAACGCAGCACAAGUUCAUUGAGCAAAAUUCUUUGCUGUCAUGUCUCCCAUUUGUCUGUCAGUGACUUUCCCCUGUUGUCAUUUCCAUAAAUGUUAAGCUGUUGGUUUCUGGUUUUUUUGGGGAUAAGGGAAAUACACUACUAUAGAACCUUGUCAGUUUUCUACUCUCCUCAAAUCCCUUCAUGGCUGAAUUAUUUAUACGGCUGUUUGACUUAUCACAAAAAGAACUAGUUCUAUGGAGAAGUUAUAUUUUUAAUCUCCUGGGCAGCUCAGAUGAUGUACAUUUUAUAAUUUUGUAUAGGAGUUUCGUAACAAAAAAAAAACAAAUAUGUUUUAAAAAGAAUUUUUUUUAAAAAAGUAGAUUUUGCUCUUUCUAUUGGAUUAAUUCCAAAGAUGUACAUGAUUGUCCUAUUGCAUAUGCCUUAAUGCAGCCUAAAUCAAGCUGUUACUGUUACUGUUUACUGCUAAACAGAAAAUGUAAUGAGAUCAGUUUAAAACCAGGGUGCCUUUUUCAAUUUGUUAUCUUGCAAAUAAUUAACUUUUACUCUUCUUUACAAAAGUUGAUAAGGGCAGCUUUUUUUUACUGUGGUGAUGAUGCUAGAUCCUCAAACUCUGUCUUCCUUAUGAUAUGAUUCAUCAACAAUUAUGAAAAAAUAAUUUUGGCUGCCAAAGCGUUGCAGUCAG